UAUAAAUAAUCAUGGUCAUCCUCCUUUUCUUUUGCUCUGGAUAACAUUUCUUGUGCUUAAUUAUGAGGAAGCAUUUGAGAGAGAAUUCCGAUAUGGAGAGAAAAGAAAAAGAAAAGAAGAAAGCCAAACAGCCUUCAGUGAUUGAUAGAAUUGAAAUCCAGGAGUUGGAAUGCCUCUCUCAGGACUUGGAAUACAUCUCUAAGCAAUUGGGAUACGAAUUGAAAGACUUCUCCGAGAAAUUGGAACGAGUCUCUAAGGGAUUGGAAUACGAAUCUAAGGUAUUGGAAGACUUCUCUAAGAGAUCGAAAUACAAUGUCAGAAUAAAUCAACUUGAUGUUGAAGCAGAGCUUGCGAAAGCAGAUAGAGAACAGGACAAGAUCUCUCACAUGAACAGAGUAUUGAUGAAUAUAAAAUCAUUUAUACCAAAAAUGACAAAGAUCCUUGAGGAUAAGGACGCUGGUAAGAGGAUAGAAGAACGUCAAGAUGUCUCCAGUUUCAAGAUAAAAGAGGAGAGGGAGGAAAUAAAAGAAGGUAAAGAUGUCUCAAAUUUCAAGAUAAAAGAGGAGACAUAGAAGAUAAAAGAAGGUUAAGAUAAUCUCAAGUUCAAUAAGUCUUUGUUAUUCUGCAUCUUAUAUUUUUAGCAUUUAUUGUUCUUCUUUGUUAUUCUGAUGUUUUGUUAGAACUGAUAUUUUUUAUUUGGGUAUGUUAUCUAUUUAAACAAAGUUAA